AGAUGUUUACGUUCUUCUACUUCCGUAACUCCAUUAUAGUAGAAUAACGUUACCAAUCUGACGUUAAAUCCUAAAUUUGAAUAAGAACUCUUGAUUGUGUUGCAUUUUUUAACUUAAAAUUUAAAGAUGGUUAACUUUUCAAUAUGAUUAAAAUCGUUUAAUGUCCGCUGUUAGCGCUUUAUCGCGAGUUUUUCUCAUUCAUCGCUGAAAAAGCUAAAGCUAGCGUUAACCGAGCAGCGCCUCAGUGGACGCAGUUUAAUCAUUCAUCGGCCGAGCCGCAAUUUGUCUUGUGUUAAUUUAGAUCUCAAACAAGGCAGUCAUGGCCACUAGGCGUCUGACCGAUGCCUUCUUGUUAAUGCGGAACAAUGCAAUCCAAAACCGGCAGAUAUUGGCAGAGCAAGUGAGUACAUACGACCCCGGUCUGAGUACACGUAGCAAUGCUGCGGAGCUUGACGAGUUGGCUGACGAUCGAAUGGCUCUUGUGUCUGGGAUCAGUCUGGAUCCUGAAGCUGCCAUUGGAGUCACCAAAAAACUGCCUCCCAAAUGGAUAGAGGGGGUUGACGAGAUCCAGUAUGAAAUCACACGGAUUCGGCAGAAGAUGAAGGAUCUGGCCUUACUUCAUGACAAGCACAUGAAUCGUCCCACACUGGAUGACAGUAGUGAAGAGGAGCAUGCUAUAGAGAUCACUACUCAGGAAAUCACACAGAUGUUUCAUCGAUGCCAGCGAGCUGUGACCAGUUUGCAGUCCCGUUGCGGCCACUGCACCGAGCAGGAGGAGAGACUCUUGAGAAACGUGGUGUCGUCUCUGGCACAAAGCCUGCAGGACCUCUCCAUCAACUUCAGACACACACAGUCGAGCUACUUAAAAAGGAUGAAGAAUCGUGAGGAGAGAUCAAAGCACUUUUUUGACUCGGGGCCUUUAAUGGAAGAGGAUGAAGAUUUAGCUUUAUAUGACAAGGGGUUCACAGACGACCAGCUGAUGCUGGUGGAGCAGAACACGGUUAUGGUUGAAGAACGUGAAAGGGAGAUCCGACAAAUAGUGCAGUCCAUCUCAGAUCUGAAUGAAAUUUUCCGAGACUUGGCGGGGAUGGUGGUGGAGCAGGGCACCGUUCUCGACAGAAUUGAUUUCAACGUGGAGCAAGCUUGUGUUAAAACAGAAGAUGGAUUGAAACAGUUACAAAAGGCGGAACAGUAUCAGAAGAAAAACAGGAAGAUGCUGGUCAUUUUGAUCCUCUUCAUCAUAGUCAUUGUUCUAAUUAUUAUUCUUUUUGGAACAAAGUUUUAGUCACGCCUUCCCCUGGUUUCUUUUCUGUCUGGGUGUUUGUUGUGGAUCUGUGUGAACUUGGACUCGAUUCUGCUUCAAACAAAGGUGUCUGCCUUUCAUAACCAACCAGGAAACACGAAUUUCCAAUCUCUGCAGGUGCCCUUUGGGCUGUGUGGAGAUUUUUUUUGUUUGUUUGUUUGUUUUUGUUUUGCUUUUUAAUGAAAGAAACAAUCAACAGUCUGGUUGAACUGUGGCUAUUUUAUUAAGAGACAGAGUGAGAAAAGUGUGUUAAACCCUGGCCAUGUUGGCAUAUCUUAAAAGAAAACACUUAGCUGUGAUUGAGUGUUUUCAACUUAAACUCAAUGCAUUAAUUGUGAUGUUGUAUGAAGAUGCAUCAUUGUAGUCUAAUAUUAUUGAGACUCUAUGGGGGACAAGAAUGAAUAUUUAUGGGAAACAUGCAGCAGGUCCAGUUUUACAGCAUAUUCAUUUUUAUUCAACAUUACAUUUUACAACCUGUCUCAGUAUUUGAAGAUGUAAAGAGAAUGUUUUGUAUUAGAGCUGCACUGGGUAAGUUUAGAAUAGCCAUUUAGUCCCAAAAAUAUUCCUUUGGUUGAAGGACCACCUGUGUUAUUUUUUUUUUUAUAGCCCCGCAUUAGUAAUAUCAAGUCAUGGUUACUCCACUGCUGGCCUGAGGAGGGAGUACGAAGCUGCAACUAUCUUCAUCCUGUGAUUUUUAAAUUCACACUCGCUGCGCUUAUAAUGAAGUACUCAUUUUAAAACACUUGUUUUUGUUUUUCGUGGUCCUUUCAUAAAGUGCUACCUUUUUAAACUCUUGCAGUUUGCACAUAUUAAGGCCUGAAGGGGAGGUGGGGUUAUGUUUGGAUGUAAUACUACUGUCAUCUAUAUGAUUAUAAAAUUAUUUAUUUUCUGAUAUCUUCAUAUAGUCCAGAGCUGUUGUUUGUGAAAGAUUUACUGUUUAUUGAGAAGAGUGUAUGUGUAAUAUGAACCCAACAGUUAUUGUCCACUCCACUGAACUGGGAACUGUGAUGUAGUCCAACACAGGCAGAGAUGUGAACACAGCCUUAUGAUUUUUUUAUUUUCAGAUUGAACAUGCUGCAUUUUAUUUGGAUGUGUUGGAAAUUCUUUACAUGUUCUUGUGUUCUUUAAAGACUGAUAAACUGAAACAAAUAGCUUUAUUAUCUGCAUUCAACUCUACACUUUAUACAAAUGUUAAAUCAUCUUUGUCACUGAUGUGAAGUUUUGUGUGGAAAAAAAUGGUUAUGUCGUAGUGGUAGGCUACUACAUCAUGUUUUGGGUUUUAAAGCAAAACAAGUGAGAAGAUGGCAACUUUUUGAGAAAUAAACCUGGAAAAAGA